GGACUGACAACACAGCGGGGUUGAGAAAAGAGUGGUGAAGUCCUCACAGUAAUUUCGUCUACUGAUAUGCCAGGUCUAGUGUGGUCGCUGCAUCAUGCUCACAAGGGUGUUAUCCAUAUUUGUACAGGCUUUUGUCAUGAUUACUGCCUCGUCGGAGAAUUGUGAGAUCAAUACUCACGACGAGAGGCUGAAGCCCGUAGAGACUUUAGAACUGGUGGCCGGAGAGAUGUUACAUUUAAAAUGCACGGCGCCUCAACUGCUUGGAGUCAAGAAUCUGACCUUUUCCUGGAACAAUUUUGACCUCAGUGAGUACACCAAGACGUUCCCUGAGGAACGCAGAGCUGAACUGCGCGUGGAGAACACAGUGCCGUUCGCCGGAGUCUCACACGUGUACUGCGGAUACGGCGGUUUACAGGACUGCGGCAAACUUGUACUUAUUGGAUACCGUCCCGUGAAGCCACAGAACAUCCGCUGUGUGUCCCAAGCUCUGAAGGACAUGGUAUGCACGUGGGAUCAAGUGAAAGGUGAAGAGGACCUUAAAAUACUCACCAACUGGACCCUUUCGUACCGCAUCGGGCAUCGUUCUAAAAUGGUGAAUUGUACAGAUCAGCGAAAGACACAAGAUACAUGUUUCUGGUCCUCAAUAAAUUUAGACGAUCCGCGAUUGGCUUUCAAGCGAGGCUUGCUCUAUCACAUGGUGGUGACCGCUUAUAAUGCUCUUGGUAGGACACAAUCCGACGAAGUCGUCGUCGACCCUGAUGAAAUAGUUAAACCAAACCAGGUACCAGUUAAGGCCGGCCCUCAGCUGGAGAACCGGUCUCUGCCCGUUACCAUGGAGAUUCCACACAACCUGGAGGGGGUCAUCAAACAGUUCGAAUACAGUUUGAACGCUACAUGUCUCUCUGGACGAAAUGAAAGCGAUAGGGUCAUACAUGGCACUGGGAGUGGGCCCGUAUCUUUCCGCCUGGAUAACUUGAUGCCUAACAGUAAAUACCUACUCAGUGGGAAGAUUAAACCGAAUGGCAGCGGAUACUGGAGCGACCCAUAUGACCUAGAGAUUGAAACACAAGAAGCAGCUCCGGAAAACAGACCAUCCGAGGUGGCUUUCACUCAGUGCCGGGGAGACUCCCGGGACAAACGCCGUGUGGACGUAUACUGGCAGUAUCUGGACUCUAUCUUUUCCAACGGGAAGAUAACUCACUACAGGGCAAGAGUGACGUCAUCAGCUGGCACGUGGACGAAGCAAACGACGGAACUCUUCUCACCGAUGACCUUCGAUGACCUUAACAUGACUGACAACUAUGAUCUGGAGGUGGCGGCCUCCACGCUGGCAGGUUGGGGACCAUACAGUUGGCCUGUCCAACUUUUGCCGCUUGACCAAGAGUUACCACUGGCCGCUGAUGUCAUAGCGGAGAGCGAGACUGAUGAAGACGGUGGCGUCAGUGUGAAUGUCUCCUGGACAUCGCCCAGUGCCAGUCAGGCUUCGCAUGCCAAAGUCUAUGUCUGCUCCGGUCACAUCGAAAGACCGAUGGAUGUCUUUCUAGCGAAGUGUGAGGGAGACAUACGUACCGAGGACGUCGAGAUGUCAACAGAGACCUCCAGACACUGGCUUGACGUCAGGAUUAGAUCGGACCGUGACGUCGUGAUCGGUGUGGCACUGAAUAUAAGUGGUGUCAGCGGUGGGAUCACGUGGGCGGAGUGCUUGGCGGACAGAAACACAGAACCGAGCCAGAUGAGAGGAGUGAGCGUCCUGGAUGUGGAGACCAAUGCUGCGGUGGUUCAGUGGAAUAUGAUGUCAUGUGAGGUUCAGAUCAGGGGUUAUCAGAUUAGCUAUUGGCCAGUGACAGACACAAGCAAACAGGACUGUGAGGACGGUAUCAAACAAGACUUCCGCGGUGGGAGAAAAACAUUGAAAGCUCGCCUAAACAACUUGGACGAAGCAACCAAGUAUACCAUGUGCGCCAGAGCAUUGACCGCUAGUGGAAAGUAUGCCCCAUGGAGUGAGACGUUCCUAGGGGAGACAAUCACGCCACCGCCGGUGUUGAUGAUAAGUCUAGCGUCUGUGGCAGUGGUGCUUCUGAUUUUGUGUAUUAUAGGGGUGGGUGGGGCACGUUGUUACAUCCAAAAACAAAUUGCUGUUCAAAGCGUACCCGAAGUGCAGAUUGAAGAGACCACUCAGAAUUACACUUAUGACGAUUACACAACCGUAGAUGGAUACGAAGCGACCCCAGCACCAGGGGACAACCAAGCGGGUGCUAAACGUGACAGCGGCCAUGGAUCAAUGUCCAGAAGUAGUGAGUCUAGCACCGAAUCCUGUCAGCCUGCCGCGGGUACCCGGGAACAUUCAUCCUCGGCUGAGUCUACAGCUGCCGUGCGACUACCGCGUACAGAAGCGGUACAAGCCACGGUCAGACAGACGUGUAGAGACAGGGUCACCCAGUCGAGAGAUGAGGAAACAGAAGCGGCUAAUCUCCUCCCUAGCAGUGGUUAUGUUCUCGAGACAAGUUUGCGCAAGACCGAGCAUCAGCCCAUGCCCCAGGCUUGUCUCUCCGACGAGUCAAGGGAGACAACACGGUUGCUCGCUCCUUCGGCGAAGGAUGAGGGUUCCCUGCAUGGUGGAACCUGUGCAGAUGUCUAUGACUGCAGACCUAAUGACCUGGCUUACGUUCAGAUCGGAAGCAAUCUAUACACAGAGGGGAAUCUUUCGGACGAUGAGAAUUUGAUGAACAACGUCAUUCCUUGUGCCAGCUUUACUGCGAAUGAAAUUUGUGAGCAAAGAAAGGGAGGUGACUCUGACAGUGAUGUUGACACUGCCUGGCAUCGUGGCGAGCGUAGACUCCAUUCAAGGCCAGAGUUAACCGAUAAUCUGAUCCCAAGCAGGGGAGAUAACUCUAGUGACCGUGCUGAAGCAGGAGCCUACUGUAGAUUUGAUACAAAUGUAUACGCACCAAGCAGUUCAGGGGGUGGAAUGGAUUCCUACUCUAGAUUUAUGGAAGAGUCUUUGGGAGACGCAGACUUUCACAGAAACGAAAUACACGCUGCAACAAAUUCCUCUGACACUAUGGAGUCAUACUCAAGGUUCGGUGCUUGUCCUGUCAUUAACUCCCGGUCAAAUUCCAGCAAUUCGGCUUUUUCUUCAAACAGCAUGGCUAGUGCACAUUUCGAACAGGAGGGUGGGGACAAAAUCCCAUCAGGUGUGUUGACGUACGGUCCCUCUACUUCAUCCAACUGCGCUGACAAUGGAAUUGCUCCAUAUUCCAGAUUGAGAAGAGAUUUUGAAAUAUCUGCUGACUCUGACACACCACGCAUGCACUCCAAUAGAUGGAAUGGACAAGCAGUUCAACUGCCCACUGACACAUGUUUUACCCAAGAUGCCACUGGUAUCUCCAGCAAUUCUGAACGAGGUAUUGGCUGCUACACUCGAUUUGACAAACACCCAAUCGGAACGCCAAGAGCAACAACAUCAACAACACCUGCAAACGUCAACGACUUGGCCAGUGGACAUAACGACGAAGCACAGUCUUCUUGUGAACAAACCAGACUUUCAAAUACCCGGCCUCCAACUUCAGAUAACGACGAGUGGCCCUCAGAUAGCCAGAGUCAUUCUUUGGGUAAUCCACCACGUUUUUCUGGCUACCCACGUCUUCCUCUUGAAUGCCGAGGCCAGAAAUCUGCUUACCAACCUCAUCCGCCUGAACCUCAUAACUACCACAUCCAACAUCAAACUUCCUCACAAUACGAACGUCAGACUUCUGGAAUUCAGGCUCAACCUUCUGGAAAUCAGGUUCAACCUUCUGGAAAUCAGGCUCAAACUUCUGGAAAUCAGACUCAAACUCCUGACAACCAACGUCAACCCUCAUCACAAUACGGACGUCAUACUCCUGGAAUUCAGGCUCAACCUUCGGACUACCAACCUCACCCUUUUGACUACCAGCUUGACCCAUCUGAAUACCAUUGUUACCCUUCUGACUACCAGCGUCACCCAUCUGAAUACCAACGUCACCCUCCUAACUAUCAACGACACUCAUCGAACUAUCAGCAUAACCCUUCUGACUACCAGCGUCACCCAUCUGAAUACCAAUGUCACCCCUCUGACUACCAGCGUCAACCGUCUGAAUACCAACGUCACCCUUUUGGCUAUCAACGUCACUCAUCGAGCUUUCUGCGUCACCCUUCUGACUACCAGCGUCGCCCGUCUGAAUAUCAACGUCACCCAUCUGAAGACCAACAUCAUCCUUCUGAAUACCAGCGUCACCCAUCUGACUAUCAACGUCACUUAUUGAACUAUCAACCUCACCCAUCGGACUACCAGCGUCACCAAUCUGAAUGCCAACGUCACCCUCCUGACUACCAGCCUCGCCAAUCUGAAUACCAUCGUCACCCUUCUGAAUACCAGCGUCACCCACCUGACUAUCAAUGUCACUUAUCGAACUAUCAACCUCAUGCAUCGGACUACCAGCGUCACCUAUCUGAAUGCCAACGUCACCUUUCUGACUACCAGCGUCACCCAUCGGACUAUCAACCUCACCCAUCGGACUAUCAACCUCACCCAUCGGAAUUCGAACGUCACUCAUCGGAAUACGAACGUCACCAAUCGGAAUACGAACAUCAACCAUCUGACUUUCAAUAUCACUCAUCAGACUUUCAGCGUCUCCCAUCUGACUCUCAGUGUCCCCCAUUUGAAUACCAAGGUCAACUUUAUGACUGCGAGCGCCAACCUCGUGACCACCCACGUCAGCUUUCUGCACCACGACGUCAACUUUAUGAUAACCAACAUGACCCAUCAGACUACAAGCGCCAGCGACCAUCCUCUGACUACCAGCGUCAUGCUUCAGAACACCAACCCGAAGCCUCAGAGCAUCAUAGUCAACAGUCAGCUGAUUAUCCGAGUUCGUAUAGUCGAUUUUCAGCAUGUCGUGAAGUCACUACAGCAAAUCAGCCUCAGGUUUAUGUGGAUUUGAACGUUACAAAAGACAAUCCAAAAAAUGCGGAUAGGACUUCUGUUAAACUGGAGAAGGGCGGAAAUGUGCUUUAUUCAGCCUGCGACGUACCGAUAAGCAAAAACAUUGCUCAUUUCGGCGCAUUCGCAGCACAAGAUCUCAACUGUAACAACAGGAGAGAUCAUAAAGGCGGAGAAAUGUUUAUUGACGAUCUUAAUUUUGAUAUCCUUGAUUUUGACCAUUUUCUCCAAGACAGUACAGUUGAGGGCGUCAUGGGUGAUAACGAGAGCAUUACAGUAGGGGGUGGCGAGAACAGUGCUGUAGGCGGCGAUGGAAGGAGUGCUGUGGGCGUUGGCGGGAGCAUUGCUUCAGGCGGUGGCAGGAGCAUUACUUUAGGCGGUUGUGGGAGCAUUGCUUCAGGCGAUUGUGAAAACUUUGCUUCAUGCGGUUGUGUGAACAUUGCUUCAGGCGGUAACAGAAGCAGUACACUAAGUGACAGUUCCUCGAACUGCCCGUCAGGAGACAAUGCAAAUAGCGUUUGGGUUCAAAGCUCGAGGCCUUCGUCACCUACAGCGAAAGACAACUACUGCGUUAAAGAAACUGUACUUUAAAUUGAGCGUAAAGUCUGCCACUGUAUAUACAUAGAAAAAAAGGAAAUAUGGCGAAGGUGUCACAGAAAAAAUAUUUUCAAAAAUUAUAACGCUUUGAAAGCCGACAGGUUGUAAUUCAGUAUUGGGGAUAUGUCACAAUUCAUUCUCAGUAGCCAUUUCGUAAAAGCCCUUAAAGCUUGGCCAGUCACUACCGUUGAAAGCGCCACGUGACUAUUGGCUGUAAUGUCAGCUCUUGAUAGUUAGUGUGGCUUCCGACCGUAGGUAGCCUCUCAUCAAUGCAACAAAUUACAACAGGUUUAUUAUGACACUAUCUCCUCCAUAUCUACAGGAAAGUGUCUAUUCUAAAUGAGGGCCUGCUAUACUCUGUAAAUUCCCUGACAUGAGUACAACCAGCUAACACUGACCGUCGUGCAGGACGAAAACGAACAGGGUCACUUGUUCUCACAAAGAUCGUCCGGACAGACUGCCAAACUCAAAAGAAGAUCCGUUGUUUGAAAACGGAUGGAGAACUGAAACUUUUUAGUUGGGUAUCUGGCGUUUUCUUUUGCGUUUUUUAUCUCGCCCCAUUACUUAAUGUCGAUAGUACAAGAGGGCUCCUCUUGAUAGCUAUAGUGAGUGAGUGAGUGAGUGAGUGAGUGGGGUUUAACGUCGUACUUAACAAUUUUUCAGUCAUAUGACGACGAAGGAAUCCUUAGAGUGUAUGUAAUGUGCCUCCUUGUUGCAUGACGGAUUUCUACCACUCUUUUAUCUAGUGCUGCUUCACUGAGACGGAUUACCGAAGGCAAGUAAGGCGCCCUGGCUUAGCCGUUAUACUGAUACCGGUCAACCAGUCGUUGCACUAUCGCUUUCAUGCUGAACACCAAGCGAGGAAGAUACAGCUUCCUCUUUUAAGGUCUUAGGUGUGAAACGACCCAGGAUUGAUCCUGGAUCUACCGCUCCCGAAGCGACUAGUAAAUAGUUAAAAGGAAACUAUAAUACUAUAAUACAGUUAUCGGACCCUUGCCUAUUCGGCUAUUAGAAUUGGUGGUCUUGCCUUCGCCGAUUGGCCCGUCACCCAGUGAAGUCACAGGUUCGAAUCCAGAUCUCGCUUGUUUGGCUGACAGUUUAAGUCAGUGAGUUUGUCAGGUAAUUGACGAAGGGUUUACUCCGGCCACUUUGCUUUCCUCCAUAAGCCUGACACCCGAAUAAGUGAAAAUGUUUUUUGAGUACGCCAUUCAGUCAUGUAAAUAAGUGAUCGACUGGCGAGAAAUUGUGGAGCUCACUUCCAUUGUAGUUACUGAUGUGCUUAAUCAUAUUUAUGUGAACUCAGCUAUCACUCCUGCAAAUUUAUGUCUUUCAUAGUAAAAAUUCACGUUAUGUUAACACUUCAUGUAAAGUUAUAUACAUUUCUCUAUAGUGGAACUGAAUUUGUAUUUGGUCUAAUAAAGAUAUGUAU